UCCGGAUGGUUCUGCGACCGAGUGUGGACUCAGCGGCUGUAGGAGGUUCGGAUCGGUUCGGUUGGAAAGCCAAAAGGUUCUGGUCGGUCCGGUGACUCUGCGUGCCGCCCGGAUCCAGGACGGCCAUGUUGGACAAUGUCCCUGUAGUGUCGUCGGCGGAGCGCCAGCAGGUUCUGGCUGCUCUGGACCGGCUCCAGAACCGGCUGGUCCAGAGGGAGGAGUGGAGCCUGAGCGCCGCCCUGGGCAGCCUGAAGGGGGCGCUGCAGAGCCCGCUGUUCGGCCGCGUCCUGACGCUGCAGCACUCUGUCCGCCAGCUGCAGCAUCAGAUCCACAGCUUGCCUCCUGACGCUCGCAGUGACUUCAGUUUCUCCAGACGCGGUCAGCUGAUUAUGAGCUCCGCCCCCUCCUCCGUCCUGACCAAUGGCUCGUCGCCUCUCUCCCUUCAGGCUCCGCCCCCAACGGAGCGCCUGCAGCAGUGGAUCCAGGAGGCGGCGAAGGGCCGCCGGAUCGAGCCGAUCGUUCUGACCCGGCCCGCUUCAGGGGGCCUGGGGUUCAGCGUGGUCGGGCUGAACCCGGCAGGAAGCGGCGGCCACGGCGUGUUCGUCAAACACAUCCAGCCGGGAGGAAUCGCCGACCGGGACGGGCGUCUUCAGGAGCAGGACCAGAUCCUGGUGAUCAACGGCAGUCCUCUGGAACCGGGCCGGAACCACCAGGCGGUCCUGAGCUUGCUGCAGCAGCCGGGCGAGACCGUGGAGCUAGUGGUGGCCCGGGACCGGGUCGCACCAGGAGGUCCAACUGAAGGGCCGGUCGACACGGACCUCUGGGGUCAUGUAGAGGAGAUCCAGCUCUCCAACGAUGGAUCCGGUUUGGGCUUUGGGAUUGUUGGUGGGAAGACGAGCGGAGUGGUCGUCCGAACUCUGAUCCCCGACAGCGUAGCCGACAGGGACGGGCGCCUCCGCACAGGUGACCACAUCCUCCGCAUCGGGUCGACGCCCACCAGCGGCCUCACCAGCGACCAGGUCGUCAAGGUUCUGCAAGCCUGUGGCGGUCAUGUGACCAUGCUGAUCGCCAGGGACCGAGGACAGGCGAUCGCUGCCCCGGCUGCGCCUCCUGACUCCGCCCCCUUUGUUAAUGUACCUCCUCCACUUCCUGACUCCGCCCCCGUUACGUCCUUACCUCCAGGUUCUCCUGUAGCCCCGCCGCAGCGCCGGCCCAGCAAGACGCCCAACCUGGAGGGAUACGAGAUCCAUGAAGUUCCUCUCACCAAGAAGAACGGCCAGAGCCUCGGCAUCUCCAUCAUCGGCUUCAAUCCAAUGACCAGCCAAGAUGCAGUGGGUGUGUUUGUGAAACACGUGGUUCCUGGCAGCGCCGCGGACCAGAGCGGAAACAUCCGGGUCCAUGACCGCCUCCUGGCUCUGGACGACAUCAGUCUCCAUGGAAUGACCAACCAGGAGGUUCUGGAGGUGAUGAAGCAGACGGGUCAGACUGUGGUUCUGACUCUGGUCCGGAAGAAAGCCCAAGGCCCGGAAAGAUCCCUGGAUAAUGUGGAGCGGGCCUCGACCAGGGGGUCUCAGAGGAGGAACCUGGAGGUCAAAGGUUGUUUGUCAGCAUCUGGAUCCAUCGUGAUGAUGAAACAGGAAGUGACAUAUCCCAACGUGGCCCAACUGAACAGAGCGUCUGAUGCAGAACUGCGGGCCAAGUGGGAGGCAGCUCUGGGACCUCAGUACCUCGUCCUGGUGGUGAACCUGGAUCCUGUGAUCCAAGACGAUGCAGAGCUGCAGAAAUCCUCCAAGCUGCUGCCCAUCCACAUCCUGCGUCUGGGCGUGGAGCUGGACUCCUUCGACGGCCACCACUACGUCUCCUCUGUGGCCCCUGGGGGCCCCGUGGACAGACACGGCGUGCUGAGGCCUGAGGAUGAACUGCUGGAGGUCAACGGUGUCCAGCUGUACGGGAAGUCCCGGCGGGAAGCCGUGUCCUUCCUCAAAGAGGUUCCCCCUCCGUUCACUCUGGUUUGCUGCCGACUCCUGAUCCCAGACCAGGAACCGGAACCGGAACCAGAACCAGAACCGUCUGUUCCACCACAACCAGCAGCAGAACAUCGGAGCAUCGAAGAGAUGGAGAUGAAGCUGUCGUCGAUGCUGCGCAGAGAGGAAGAGGAGGAAGAGGAGGAAGAGGAGGAGCAGCAGCAGGGUUCUCCUGUGGAGGAGCUGACGAGGAGCGAGGACUCCAGCCUGGAGGAAGAGGAGGAGGAUGAAGGCGAGCUGGCCCUGUGGGGUCCGGAGGUCAGCGAGGUGGAACUGCAGAAGGAGAUGGACCGAGGCCUGGGCUUCAGCCUGCUGGACUACCAGGACCCGUUGGAUCCUGGUCGCUGUGUGAUGGUGAUCCGCUCUCUGGUUCCUGGUGGGUCCGCGGAGCGUCAUGGAGGUCUGCUUCCUGGAGACCAGCUGGUAUCAGUUAAUCACACCCAGUUGGACCUUCUCACCCUGACCGAGGCAGUGGAGGUGCUGAAGUCGGUACCACCUGGUACGGUCCGCCUGGGAGUCUGCAAACCCCUGGUGGAAGCAGCCGAUCCCAGCAGAGAGAACAUGAUCCAAGAUUCUGCUGGAGGCGACCCGCUUCCAGAGGUGAAUUUUCUGAACUCUGGAUCCAAACAAGCAUCAGAACUUUUCCCUCAUGUGGACGGGAGCAGAGGGAGCGAUCAGCGCGGAACCGAGACAAAAUGGACCUCAUCAGGUCCCAGUGAAAACUCGGAGCUUCCAGAUGAUUCCUGUCAGGAGGAACCGGAGCUGAUCCUGGACGGAGGUCUGCCUCGCUACACCUCCUCUCUGACCUCUGACCUCCUGCCAGCGGAGGAGGGCCUGGAGAUGGCUGUGGAUGAAGAGGAGGAUGAAGAGGAGAGGAGCUCGCUGCCCAGGAAGCCUCCUCCAUCCUGGGAGGACUGGAAGCUGUGGUUUGCUGGCCGAGCAGGAGGUCCACAGGAGCUGCAGGUGAGGAGAGACUCUCAGGAUGACGAAGAGCUGCAGAAGUCCGACCUGGAGAGCAUCUCAUCUGUUGGGAAACUGAUCCUGGGUCUGCCUGACUCCAGGGACGGCGAGGCCGAGUCCGAUCUCACUCUGACCGACACCGACACCGAGUCCGUCAGGAUGGUCGCCUCCGGCAGCAGGAAGAGGCGGAGCCAAGGCCGCAGAAACCUGCCGGAGAGGGAGGAGGGGGAGGGGGAGGAGACGCCCGCCUUCAGCCACUGGGGGGCGCCACGCAGGGUGGUGGUGUGGCCUGAGGACGGCCAGUCUCUGGGCCUCAGCAUCGUGGGCGGGCGCCACGUCAUCAAGCGUCUGAAGAACGGCGAGGAGCUGAAGGGAAUCUUCAUCAAGCAGGUUCUGGCUGGCAGCCCGGCCGCCCGGACCCGCUGCCUGAAGACCGGAGACAAGAUCCUGGAGGUGUCCGGUGUGGACCUGCGAGCGGCGAGUCAUGAGGAGGCGGUGAGCGUCAUCAAGUCCGCUCCGAGUCCGGUCAUCUUCAUCGUCCAGAGCCUGUCGGCGAUGCCGCGGCCGGUGUCGCUAACAGCUUCCAGCUCCAGCAAACACAAAGCCAAGCGGACCGAUCCUCUGGUACCUGAGGCAGCCCUGCCCCCCCUCAGAGAGCCCCCACCCUACAGACCUCCCAGCCAAUCAGAGCAGGAGCUGACUGCUCACCUGCAGAAGGUCAAAGAGCGCUGCUGUGAGCGUUAUGGCGACCUGCAGGGGGAGCUGCUGUGUGUGGACCUGGAGAAGGACCGGCAGGGUUUGGGUCUCAGCCUGGCGGGAAACCGGAACCGGUCCCGGCUCAGUAUUUUCGUGGUGGGCCUCCAUCCCGGCGGGCCGGCCUCCAGAGACGGACGGAUCCGCGUGGGAGACGAGCUGCUGGAGAUCAACAACCAGAUCCUGUAUGGGCGGAGCCACCAGAACGCGUCAGCCAUCAUUAAGACCGCCGCCACCAAGGUGAAGCUCAUCCUGCUCAGAAACAACGACGCUGUAAACCAGAUGGCUGUUUCUCCUUUAACGGCUCCUCCUGCUCCUCCUCCUGCUCCUCCUCCUGCUGCUCCUCCCACCCCGGUUGGCUUGGAGGUCGGAGGCUCCGCCCCCCCUGAGCAGCUCUGCCCCUCACUGGACCUGCCGGUCAGAACCGACCCAUGUUCUGCUGAACAGGACCAGAACCCGACCAGCGGGUUUGUUCGGAGCGACGACGCCCCCGAGAGGCCAGAGGUGGAGACGCAGAGGACGGUCCAGAGAAGCUCCGCCUCCUUCGGCUGCUCCCAGAGGCUCAGCGAUGCCACAGACAGCGAUCCCCAGGCUGCCAGGGCGCCGCCGGAGCUCCAGUCCAGGAGCUCCAGCCGACAGACGGCAGUCCCUCCUCCUCUGGUCGGCGCUGAGGUCCAGUCUGCUAGUCGAGGUACCGCCCACGAUUCUGGGCCGCCCACGUCGGACCCGUCUGGCUGCGCCGUGGUUCCGGGUCAGGAAACGGUUCUGGAGAUCUGCAAGGGUCGGUCCGGACUUGGGCUCAGCAUCGUGGGAGGAACUGACACCCAGCUGAACGCCAUCGUGAUCCAUGAGGUGUACGAGGAAGGAGCGGCGGCCCGGGACGGACGGCUCUGGGCCGGAGACCAGAUCCUGGAGGUGAACGGCGUGGAUCUGCGCGGGGCGUCCCAUGAGGAGGCCAUCGCCGCCCUGCGUCAGACGCCGGCGAAGGUCCGGCUGACGGUUCUGAGGGACGAGGCCCGGUUCCGGGACGAGGAGAACCUGGACCGGUUCCGGGUGGAGCUGCAGAAGAAGAGCGGCAGAGGACUGGGCUUCAGCAUCGUCGGCAAGAGGAGCGGCAGCGGCGUGUUCAUCUCGGAGGUGGUCAGAGGGGGCGCCGCUGAGCUGGAUGGACGGCUGAUGCAGGGAGACCAGAUCCUGUCGGUGGACGGAGAGGACACGAGACGCGCGUCCCAGGAGGGCGUGGCCGCCAUGCUGAAGUGUGCCCGUGGACCCGUCCAGCUGGAGCUCGGCCGCCUCAAAGCCGCUUCCUGGAUGUGCUCCAGACUGACCACAGGGGGGAGCCAGAUGAGUGACAUCAGCAGCUCAGGUGUUGAGGCUCCGCCCCCCCCACCUGCCUCACCUGACCCCACGAUGACACCUGAGGAAAUCAGCGCCAAGACCAGCAGUGACAUCACUUCCUGCUCCGAGAGCAGCUCAGGCGUCCGGACGGUGCAGAUCACCAGGGGCAGCGGCGACUCCCUGGGGGUAAGCGUGGCGGGGGGGCAGGGCAGCCCGCUGGGGGACGUCCCCGUCUUCAUCGCCAUGAUCCGGGCCAACGGCGUCGCCGCCAAGACGCACCGGCUGAAGGUGGGGGACCGGAUCGUCAGCGUGGGGGGACAGCCGGUGGACGGACUGUCCCACAGCGAGGUGGUGGCCAUGCUGAAGAACAGCUACGGGAACAUCAACCUGCAGGUGGUGGCCGACACCAACAUCAGCGCCAUUGCUACUCAGGUGGAGAGUCUGAGCGGCAGCUGCAGUCUGACGGCGAGCAGCGACACACACACACUGUCUGAGUCAGACGGUCCUCGGUCCCGCAGCAUCACUCUGGAGAAAGGCUGUGAGGGUUUGGGCUUCAGCAUCGUCGGGGGUUUCGGCAGUCCGCACGGAGACCUUCCCAUCUACGUCAAGACCGUCUUCAGUAAGGGCGCGGCGGCGGUGGACGGGCGUCUGAAGCGUGGCGAUCAGAUUCUGUCGGUGAACGGCGAGAGUCUGCAGGCGGUGACCCAUGAGCAAGCAGUGACCAUCCUGAAGAAGCAGAGGGGGACGGUCACCCUGGUCGUCCUGUCCUGACCUGGACGUCCCCGUGUCUCCGCCGUCAUUCGGGUUAACGGCCGCUCUGCUUCGUCUCCACUUCCUGCUCCGCCCGCCAGGCGCCUCCCCAGUUCUGCUCACCUUCCUCUGCAGCUUCUCAGUGGAACAACUUCCUGUCGGGUUCUGGAACCGGAGCGCCGCCUGGACCGGCCCACAGUGAACUGCAGCAGGAGCUGCGGUCUGCCACCUGGUGGUCAGAGUGGGGACUGCAGUCUGUCCUCCUGCAGGUUCGCUUCGUUUCCAUCGGAUCGGACCCGGCUCACCCGGUCCGAUCAUCAGAACGGACCAACCAUGUCUCCGUGGUGACGCCUCUCAUUCCUCGGGUUGAACCUUUCUCCUGAGGUUCUGGUUCUGUCUGGAUCAUUCCCGGCAUGUUUCAGACUUCCCCAGUGUUCCCAGUGUUGAUGCAUGCAGCAGCGUGACACUAGCACCACAGCUUAGCACGGAGCCGUUUGAUUGGUCGGCAGCCAUGAUGUCACACCAGGUCGCAGAAAAGCCUCAAAAGUUCUGGAAAGCCAAGAAGAGAUUGUUUUGGGUUCUGGUUCCUGUCCCGGUUCUGGUUCUGCGGGUUUGGCUGGCUUCCUGCCGUCAGGCGACCUAAACGUUUCGGUUUCGGUUCUGGUUCUGUUGCAGGUCCAAAGUGCCGUUCAUGAAUUCAUUACUUUAUUUCAUGCAGUCGAUGCAUUUUUAUGAUUCCUCUGAGCGUUGUUGUUUGUCCGUCUCCAUGGACACGGCUCUCAGGAUGUUGUUGGCAUGGUGCCCGUUGCCUUGACAACAGAUGCAGUGUCUUCCACGUCCAUAUUAAAGCUGCAGGCUGACGUUCCUCAUGAUCCCAAAAUAAACUUCCAAACCCAGAAAAGCGGAUCUGGAGAAACUCGGCUGCUCAAAACUCCCUGAAGGUUUUCCUGGAUGUCAAACUUCCCAGUUUUCCGGUAAACAUUCAGGCGUAGCUGGAACGUUCCCGGCCGUUUUCCCUGCUGAGCAGAGAUGGGAUGGUGGCCAAACGUUCCAGAGCAGCUUGAAGUUUUCCUCUGAGAAACUGAAUCUCCUGAUCCGCCUGCAGCCUUUACUUCAUUCUGCUGAACUUUUCCUCGUCUUGCUCCUGGUAAAAUCAUCGCCACAUUUUAAACCUUUAGAAACGUUUUUAUCUUCACUUUGGUGUCAUGACUGCAGCUAAAUUAACUUCUGUCAGCUGCUUUAAAACCUGGGUGUUUGUGCAACUGAGUUGUGCUAACGUGUUAGCUUUGUCUGUAAUAAACAAAACUAAGCUAAGGCAGACUUUUACAAGAUGUUGUUAGCUCAGUUAGCUUGGCUAGCUCUGUUAGCUCUUGGUUGUACAAAAUAUGCUCAAUUUUAUAGCUUAGCAAAAUUUCAUCUCCACCGAAACUCAAUCUGUGACGUAAAGGUUUCUAAUUUAAUGUUCACAAAACACUUAAAGAGCAACGUUUCAUAUUUCACCAGAUUAGCUUCGUAGCUAAACUCUUUUACAUUUUGCUGUUAAUCAGUCAGAAACACUGAAAUUGUAAUUAUGAAUAUAGAAUUGCUUAGGAAGAUUUACUAAGAUGUUUAUAAUUCUUUAGAAGCUAAAGCUAACUUGUUGUUGGCAUAACAGUAGAGAGCUAAAGGGAAAACAGUCUGCAGAAAUUUACAUAUCAAGUCAUGUGCACAAAUAUUCCGUCUUAAUUUAUUUGUCGUUUCCACUGGAAAUAAUCAGAUUUCUGUGUUUUUGUUGCCACUUUGUGCCGCAUCCCAUCAGAACCUGAAACGGGUCCGUUUUAGUUUCAUGUCACAUUGUCAAAUGAUUCUGGAAAAUGUUUUUAAUUUAUGGUGAGAUUUAAAUGAUGAUUAGUUGAAAAAUGAAUAAAGAUUUCUCUGUUUAUCAGGAACAAACGAACUUUAAACUGUUUCAAUUUGCAUUCAAUUAAUUCUGCCAUUUGAUUAAAUAUUAAACUUUUUGUUGAAACUAA